AGUGCUUGAUGCGCUGGGUAAAGGUGUUAGCGAGCUGCUUUUAAUAGCACGACAGCUUGCUAUAGCCGGAUGCGCUGAGUAUCAGCGUGCUGCAGCAGAUCUAACAUUGGAGACAACAUCACCAGGGUAACCAGUCUCACCAGCCUGCUUCUGUUCACACAAUCAGACAGCAUCUGAGCCACAUCUCUCAUACAGAUAUCACAAGCUGCUGGUCAGACAUGGUUAAGUUGGGAAGUAAUCUGGCUGAGAAACCAGAGAAGGAGCAGGCAGGGGAAGAUGGAUUCGAUAACAUCCCGCUGAUAACACCUUUGGAUGUGAAUCAACUUCACCAUCCAUUUCCUGACAAGGUAAUUGUCAAGACUACAACAGAAUACCAGCUCCAGCAAAAGAAGAAGAGGAAGUUAUAUGUUCCUGGCAUAAAAAAACUGAAUAUAAACCUAUAUGAUGAAGUGUCAGAGAAGGUCAAGCAGCUGACUGGCUUGAUUCUCAUUACGAUGACAUUCCUGGCCUGUCUUCUUAUGCUAGUCAUGUACAAGGCACUGUGGUACGACCAGCUAAGCUGUCCCGAGGGCUUUGUGUUUAAGCAAAAGCACUGCACUCCUGCUGCACUGGAGGUGUAUUACUCCGAGCAAGAGACAGGCUCCCGAGGCAGCCUCUACACAGCUAUCAGCCACUUAAACCAGGCCAAGAAAACCAUGCCGGAGCUGCCGUCACCGUGGUUACCAGUAAUCAACGCCUUGAAGGAAGCAGAAAAAGCUAAAGAGGAGUCAAGCCGUUCCCAGUAGUAGAAAAGUGGGCCAGCUGGAUACGACUGCAUUAUACCCAACACAUGUAUUGUCAUUUUUAUGAUACUAUUGAAGCGCUAGACAUUUUAAAGAGAAACAACAUAGGUUUAGGAAUGGGCCUGAUUGAGAUACCAUUUUCGCAGAGUAUAGAGAAUUUUAAAAAAAGGCAGUGGUAUUUGAAGGUCAUGUUAUUUAAAUGGGAAAGUGUUGUAAACAUAUGCUUUUUUUUGGUUCAGAAUUAGGGGAGGGUAAAUGUAUUUCAUAUGAAAUCCAGGAGGAAGAACACGUUCUAUUUUAACACAAAAAAGCCCCUUGUUUUAAAGAAAAUAUAUCCUACAUAGCAUUCCAUUUGAAGUGUUUAAAAAACCUUUGCUGAUAUACUACAGCUCCUUGUGUUAAAUCACAUCAAACAAUAUUCUCUAUUAUGAGUUUUCAGAAACAAUGGUUUCGUAAUAAUAAAUGAAAAUCUUAAAUAUGUUUAAAUACUGAAGUGUAAUGUUCUGCACAUUACGCUUAGAAACAUACACACAACACUGCCACAUAAGCUUUGUUGAAAACAAAACAAGAAAAAAAAAAAAAAAAAACAUUUUACAAUUUUAAUGAAUAAAGGCAUCUACAAAAUAAACUACUAAUAAUAAGACCAGCUGAAAAGUGCCAUAUCUAAAGAAUGUUCAAAGUAAGUAUUUUGUUAUUAUGGCUGCUAAGAUGAAUAUGUGUGCUUUAUAUUGGUGAAUAAAGGGCAAGUGUAUAUAGCUAGAUAGAUGUCUUUAUGUAUGUGUUCAUUUGCACUGGAACAGAAUGUGUGGUAGCCUAAACCAUUUAGGCAUACAGUACUAUUGACAGAGGUUUGCAGUGUACCUACGAAACAUCUUUUCAGUGCAUGGUUUAUUAUACGUUGUAUCUAUAAUGCAAUAAGACAACGUUCUCUUUGUAUUCUAUACAAAUAUAAUGCAUUUUAACAAGGUAUGAGGAAAUGGCAUGUAGAGAGCUACAUCUUUUGAGAUCGUAUUCUCUACAAGUAAUUUCACUUUGGAAUUGCAUAUAUUUAGCCUUGGAGAGUUAUUUAAUCAGGUACAAUGUAGAACACAGAUCUCUCCAAUUGAUGCAUUACCUACAUUAAUCCUUAAUAUUUCUAGUCUAUCAAAGGAUAGUAGUUGCAAUUAGGACAACAAUAAAAGGCAUUAAUGUGUUAAGCCAUUACACCAGCUUUAACAUUUGUGUUAUUUGAAUUACUACUUAAUACUAGCUAUAUAAUGUUAUGUGUUUCUUUGGCUGGUCUAUAGUAGAGAUGUAGUUGAUUAUAGGUGUACUCAGUUUUUUUAUUAAAAAGGUCAGAGAUUUGGAAACAUGUAUCUAAUGCACAUACUGUUAUAGGCAGUUUUAGUUUGUUUAUUUAUGUAUUUAUUUAAUGCAUUUAAAUAACAAUAUUGUUUUAUGUAUAUUCUUAUACAUGUAAUUUACAGUUGCUUAUAUAAGUUGUGUUUAUCAUUGUGUUUUUGUUUUCUUUAUUUUUUUCUAGAUACAAUUAUUAUUACAGAAGUGUACAAUUAGAAAUGGUGUUGUUAGGGUAGGGUUACAUCCUAUUUAUAUAGUUUGCACACUUUUAUAUUAGUGCACUUUCUUGUAUGUAAUUAUUUUCCUAAAAACAACUGAUCUCCUGUACCCAAUCUCAUAUGUUCUAUAGUCCACGAUGUUUCAGAAAAUGGUUGUUUGGAUUACAAUUGAUGGACUGUGCAAUCACUUUUCAUAAAACAUAUUCUUAAAACUGCAGUCCAAGAGCAUUGACAAAUGCGGUCAAAAUAUUCAGGUCCAGAUAGAAAGAAAAAUGCGGACUUGAGAAAAAGAAAAUUACCCCAUAUAUAUCACGAGUAUGAGCACAAAGAGAAAGGACAGUACAUCAGGCUGUGUGUAAAUACAUUCAUGAUCCAUUUCAACAUGAAUAUUUCUCCAUAUGCCAGUGACAGCCUUGGUAUAUUUCUCACAAAUGCAACAUGUACACUUUAAUUUGAACUGUUUAUAUGUUGCUGUUUUGAUUGUAUUUUGAUGCCUGAUUAAAAUGUGACGUUGGACAAGACACUGCUACAGGUCAUGGUACCUUCGUCAUCACAGCCUUGUGAGUCUAUUAAAUGGUGUAAAAUUGUUGUGACACUCAGCUUAUCACUUUGUGUUUGUAAUUCAGCUCCUGGUCAUUUUGAUGUGGUACACUGUUUAUUUCUCAGCACUUUGUAGAUUUGUGUUUAUUAGAGAAUGUGACCUUUUCACAAUGCAGCAAACACUUUUUGAGUACAGUACUAAGUGCCAAAAUUAAAUGUUGUGAUCAUCUGCUUUGAUCUUAAUAAGUACAAAAUAAAUGAAUGUUAACUUUUCUCUUGAA